UCCAGAUUUGGUUUCCUCUAAUGACGAUCUAACUUGCUUUCAUGAGAUGAAUAGCAUAAAGCGCUGCAAAGAAGCAUGGAAGUAUUACGAUGAGGUACUGAACUUCCUCAAGGAAAAGGAAUCUGGGUUAUCCCCCAGUGAUUUGUAUGAUGUAAAGGGUGGCGUAAAUUAUGCAUUUGAUGAGCUUCGGGGUGUGAUUUCAUAUCUGAAAUGGGUCCAUGUCCAUUUGUGUUUCAAUGGUGAACUGGCUCCUUUGCUCAAUUAUCCUUUCAAAUCUCUGCAUGUUCAAUUUGAACAACUCUUAGGCGCGCUCCCUUCUCCCGGGGUUCCAUUGGAAGAUAAUUUUGGAGUAGGAAUGAUCAAAAAAUAUCGGCUGGAUUUGAUGUUGGAGCGGAACACCUUUAACAGUAGAUUGAUUUAUGACAGGGAUUCUUUAAAGAAACCCCCUCCCUCAAAAGAAGAGAGACAAGAGUCGAUGCAACUUCGUCGCGUUGUGGAAGCCCAGUUACUGGCCCACUACUGCAGGCCAUAAAAUCAA